UUAGCCGAUCCUACCUUCUUCAGAAUUUCAGGAGUGGACAUACUCUUAAACGUUGAUGUCUACGCCAUGCUUCAUUUACCUGGUCAGAUUCGUCUGUCCGAAAGCUGUAUUCUUCAGAAUACCAAGUUAGGUUGGGUAGUCUGGGGCUCCAUUCCUGCUUAUAAAUCAUCUGUCACCCAUCAACACAUUUCCAAUUUCGUUUCUAGCAUUGAACAUGUGUCCAACGCAGACAUCUCUAAGCAAUUGGAAAAAUGUUGGCAAAUUGAAGAAAUUGAUACUGAAUCCAGCACGCCAGCACAAGGACAAUGUGAAUCUUGUACAAACAGACAGACAAUUCUCACAAGAUAACCCUACUGGAAUCAGCUCCAAAAUAAGAGAUAUAGAACAGCCAACACCUUACAAGCUGUUCAACUAACUUUUCUCAGAUGAACUUUUGGAGCAUCUAGUUUUUCAAACCAACCUGUACAUGACCCAGAAGGCACUUCAUCCCAGGCCGCCCAAAAGUGCUAGAAGGAAGGCUGAAGAAGAAGAAGAUGAUGAUGAUGAUGAUGAGGAUGAGAAUGGCAACAAAAAAAUCACUCCAACAACAAUUGAAGAAUUAAAGUUAUUCCUUGGAAUUAAUUUAUACAUAGGUAUAAAAAAAAUUACCCAGCUAUAGAGACUAAUGGAGCACUCAGCCUGACCUGCAUAACAACCUUGUUUCCAGUCUGAUGCCCGUGAAACGUUUCAGUCAGCUCCUGUCUCAUCUUCAUGUGAAUGAUAAUGAGAUGAUGCCAAAAAGAGGGGAUCCAGACUAUGAUAAAUUGUACAAAAUUCGGCCAAUGUUGGACAUCUUGUCAAAGACAUUUUCAGACUCUUAUAACCCUCAUGAAUGUGUUGCUGUAGAUGAAUCCAUGGUAAAAUUUGAGGGAUGAUGCUUCAUGAAACAAUUCAUGUGAGAUAAACCAAUAAAACGAGGUUAUAAAAUAUGGAUGAUGUGCGAUAGCUCAGGAUAUAAUCUCAAAUUUGAAAUCUACACAGGAAAACUGAAGGACACAGUAGAAAUGGGAUUAGGUGAGCGUGUUGUCUCUCAAUUCUGUUCAAGUCUUGCUGGAAAAAACCAUAUUGUGGUGAUGGACAACUUUUUCACAUCAUAUCCCCUUUUUUUGAGAUUGAAAGAAAAUAGUAUUUCAGCUUGUGGAACGGUAAAUCAGGCAAGAAAGCAUUUACUAAAGCUCACAGAUGACAAACUUCUGAAAAGAGGAGAAUUUGAUUGGAGUGUUAGCAACCAUGGUAUUUCUGUGUACAAGUGGAAAGACAAUAAGUGUGUGAACUUGAUGUCGAAUUACCAUAACCCAAAUGAUACAUUAUCUGUGCAAAGAAGAGGAAAGGAUGGAACAAAAAUCAGUGUACCUUGCCCAGAAAUUCUCCCUGACUACAAUGGAAAUAUGAAUUUUGUGGACAAUUUUGAUAGGUUGAAAGGUGACUAUUGCAUCGACAGAAAAAGUAAAAAGUGGUGGCCAAGAUUAUUCUAUCAUUUUCUUGAUUGCUGUGUUAUAAAUGCGUUUAUAAUGCACAAGGAAUUAAACAUGCAGCAGCUUUCCAAUAAAGAUUUUAGGAGGAAUAUUUAUAUGGACAUGUUCUCCAGUAAACUGAGGGAGAAAAUUGGAGCUGAGAAACCGUUUCCAAAGCCAGUGCUGUCAGUUGUGGAACGUCGACAACAUAAGCCUUUUGUUCCUGCAAACAUCCGUUUGGAAGAAAAUAAACAUUGGGCAAGAUGUGCAAAAUGCAGCACAUUGAAAAAACCUGUGCGCACCAUCUGGUUUUGUAUAACUUGCAAUGUGCCAUUGUGUCAGAGAAAGGACAAACCAUGCUUUGAUGACUGGCAUUCAAAGUAAUUUUAUAUAGUGUGGGAUUGUUGUGCCAUCUCAUGCGUUCAGGAGGCACCGACCCUUCAAGCCAUGCAUCAAAAGUGAUGUCUCUCCAGUAGAAAGAUGCACCGAGAUCGCCAACAUCUUGUCACCAGCUAUUGACUUUGUUUUACCACAAAUCGACUUCAUGAGGAUGCUGAGUGCCCUUCGA